CUCUUUUGGGAAUUUACUCACACCGACAUAUUCUCUCUCUCUCCUUAAUUUUCCACAAGCUUCUGGGUUCUUCCUUCCUCUGUUUCUCUCUCUAAACUCAUCUUCAACCUCUUUAAUUCUUCUACUAGUUGCACAAAUUGAUUAAUUUUUAGAAAAAAAUUCCUUGUUCGCAGCAGAUAGUCCCAACAACAGCAUCCCCCUUUUUAUUUAGACCCAAUUAAGACUUGUAUGGUGUAGAUAUGAUAUUUUUGCUACUAAUUUCUAUUUUCUCUGUCAUCUUAAAAAUCCGAUCUGGUUGCAUAUGUGUGAGUUCUUAGAUGGAUUUGUGUGGUUCUUCAAAUUUUAAAGGUAAUUCCACUAAUUUUCUCACUCCUAGCUUGUUUAAAAAUGUCCCAAAAAUCUCCUUGUUGUAGUACAAGUGGUUAUGGUAAAAGUGGUUGUGGUUACAGUGGUGGUGGUAAGGGUGGGCGUGGUCAGGAUGGUUGUGGUGACGGUUGUGUUUGUAAGGGUGGGUAUGGUCACGAUGAUUAUGGUUCCAGUGGUUGUGGUAAGGGUGGGUAUGGUCACGAUGAUUAUGGUUCCAGUGGUUGUGGUAUUGGUGGUUGUGGUAACGAUGGUGGUGGUUCCGAUGGUGGUGGUAACGGUGGUUCAUGUUACCGUAGUAAUGAUGAGGAGAAGGUGAACCUUAAAAAUAGCCACAAGUUCCCACCUUCCUCUGUGUAUUACCUUGAUCUUGAUGAAGCAUUUGGGGAUUGUACGGAGGAUGAUAUGAGUGGUGAUGAUGAACCAUAUGAGUGUAGCGAUCGUGAUUGUCAUCUUACUACUUCUAGUCGUGGUGAAAAUUCAUAUAGUUUGAAUGUUUCCUAUAGUUUGAAUGUUUGGAGGGAUUGUUUUGGUAGGUAUCUUGAUCCUUGGGAGAAUAAUAGUCAUUAUGGAAUUGGUGGUUGUGGAGAUGGAAUCGAAGAUGGUGAGGAGGUUCAAUCUGUGGCCAAGCAACCAACUGAGCCCCCUGUUAACCCUAUUUGUUAUGCUUCUGAUUCAUGAGAUUCUGAAAAUUUUCCCAUUGAUCGUUAUGUACCUAGUACUUUCUUUGGAUACGUAAGUGAUUCUUGUCAAUCAAGUUCCCCUCAAGUUGAUGGUGUUGCCUCUGGAUAUGCAAGUGAUUCUUGUGAAUCACAUAGCUAAGUUUCCUGAUCUCUAUUUACUUAUGUGUUUAAUUAAUUCAUCUUAAUAUUGUUUAGGUUAUUUAGAUUGUAAAACUUGGUUGGAUGCUAGCAACUGUGAUCUGUUGCUGGCCAGGAGUUUUGUCACAUGUUGUGUUUGGUGGUGUUGAUUGGAGUAUUAGUGUUGUUGGUGUUAGUAGUGGGAGUUUUAGCAUGAGUAUGGCUAGAUAUUAUUGUUAAUCUCAGUACGCUUUUGGUGUUUAAUAUGAGUUUGACUAUUAUUAAUCUGGAAUGAUAAUUUACUUGAUGCAUGAUUGCCUUGUUCAUUUACUUGAUGCAUGAUUGCCUUGUUCAUGAUGCUAAAAAUUUGGUGAUGUGAUGCAUUAUUUACUUGAUGCUUAUGCUUCAUGUAGUGGUCAUUACCACAUUCAUUUACUUGGUUUUGGAGUAUUAUUGUUUUAUCAGAUGCAUGAGUAUGAUUAUUAUCUUAAACCUUUGCUCUCUGUCCAUUUACUGUCAAAGUUUGAUAAAGUCUAUGAUGAAAGCCUUGGGUUUAUGAGACCACACUUUUCAUUAUGUGAGGUAUAGUGUUUGCCAUUGUUUAAGUCCACCCAAUCAUCAUAUGUGUUUGAGUGUCAACUCUUUGGGCAGAAUUAUUCCUUACUUGGGAUUGUGGUCAAUGAUUGUAUUUUGGGGACAACUGAGACUAAAACCAAUUGUUUCCUUUUUUUGAGAACAAUUAUGAUAUAUAUAUAUGUACUUGUUUUGAUGACUCUGUCCAUUUUUUUCCCAUUAUUUCUAUGAAUAGUCUAUGAUGAUAGUCACUUCAACGAGACCUUUUCCAAUAGCAUUUGCCAUUGACAAACAUCAUUCAAUACAGAGUAUAAUUGUGUUGAUGGAUGAACAUUCUUUAGGCAUAGCUGUUGUGAAAUUAUUGUUAAUGGUCAAUGAUUGGUAUGGGAAAUUUGAGACCAUUAUUUUCAUUUUCUUUUAAUCAAUGAUGAGACUCCAGUAUUUGUGGUUAUUAUCCCAUUUUUUAUUUAAUUUACUUUGUCAUUAGCUUCCAACCAUAUACACUUGGUUGUUGAGACUUGUAGGCUUAUGUGUUGAAUAAGUAAAGGGGUGCUGAUCAGUGAUAGAUGGGGGCUUCUGAGAUGAUUGUUUUGCAUGUUUAUGUUAUCAUAAGUGUGUGAGUAAUAAAGAAAAUGAAAUACAAAAGUAAAUUCAACUAAGUUUUUUCAUUAUAAAUUUGAAAUAGAUCAUACAAUUUCAAUUUCAUACAAAAGUUUUUAACUUUGCUACCCCCCAAGAAAGAUAAGACAAAAUAAGAUUAACAGAUUAUAUUCUUUCAUUUACUCACUAGUAGAAAAAGUGCUAUUUGUAACUGGCGUAUGUUAUGUUAGUUACGAAAGCAUUAAUAGUAACCGACUAAAAUAAUGCCAGUUACUAAUUUUAUGAUAUUUGUAACCGGCGUAGUAAAUGUAAGUUACUAAUAUGUGGUUUAUCAUUAUUUGAAGUUUUAUUAGUAACGAACUAUAUAAAUGCCAGUUACAAAUAUUAAGUCAAAAAAACUUUGACCAAAAAGUUCGUAACUAGCUUACAAACGUCAGUUACAAAUAUUAAAUCAGUUAAAGUUUGACAAAAGAUUUAUAACUAACUUACAAAUUCCAGUUACAAAUAUUAUUAUUAUUAUUAUUUUGAAGAAAGUUACAAAUAUUAUUUAGUAACUUGUUUUUAAACGCAAGUUAUUAGUUCUUUCAAAAAAAAUAAAAAUUAUUUUUAUUUAAUUUUAAUCUAACACUAAAACAUAGACUUUUCCUUAAAAACAAACACAUACUUAAAAAAUUUUAUUUUCACUUUCAUUGUUCUUUGGCGCGACACAGAGGUUCCUGUAUCCUCCACAGCUUCUUCCUCCUUUGCUCCAACAAACUGCUCCAAUCAUAAUUACUUUGUUUUUUUCGAAUUUUGGUUCAGCAAAAUACGUUCUAUAUCGUUGUUCAAAGGUAUGUAAUUUUUCAAAUUAGGGUUAUUCUAAUUUUCCCAAUCUUAAUUCUAAAAUUACACCCUAAUAUUGGAAUUGAAUUUUGUUUUUUAUUAAAGUCGAAUACCCUAAGAUUAUGUAUGAAUUUGAUAUACUCUAGAAUUGUAUUUGCUGCUGGUCUGCUAUUUCUUAAUUUGAUCUGAUUUCAGUUUCAAGGAAGGAUUUAUGUCUUCUGGUGUGAUUUUAUUUUGAUUGAGGUUUAAUAGAUAAAGGCUCUAAUUGGGGUACACUAGCCGAGUAUGUUAGGCUGCUGUUUUUCUCUUUGAAGCGUGUGUAAAUUUGUGUGUGCAAGUUAAUUGAGAUGUUUAUAUCGACUGUGAAUAACAAUUUUCAACAUAGUGCUAUAGAUGUUUCCGGGAAUUCACCUAGGAACUUAGAGGUUCAUGUGCUCUUAGAAUCGCUUAUUUUGUUAUAGCUUACAUAUUUCUUUCUUUAAUGCUGGUGUUGUCUAUUUACAGGACCACAUCAAUUAAUUCAUUAUUUUACUUGCUUGUUUGUAUAUGAUAGACUGAAAAUUCAUUUCACUCCUUACCUUUCUUGGUUUUUUGAUAUAUGGAAAAUGGUUGCUAUAUUUUAAUGUACUUGAGGAGCUGGAAGAUCGGUCAUCGGUGUCUGAGUUAUCUUAUUCUGAAUUUCUUGCUGAUCUUUUGUCAGCUCAGGGAAUUUUAUCGAAUCUUGAUGUAUAAAAAUUAUAGAUUGAGUAUUCAUAAAGCUUUUGUGUAUCACGGAAUUGAAUGAAGCUAUUAUACUAAACAAACAAGCGACUGAUUCUAACUAUUAUCAGUAUAAGUGUUAUAGCUAGUUGCUGACAUGCUAAAGCUGUUGCUGACACUAAUACCUUGCUAUUGUUGAAUUUGUUACACCUGCUGCUACCUAUAAGUAGUAAGACUUGUAACAAACUAACAACCAUCAUUAGAUCACUAUCCUUGGCAAGAUGUGCCUAUAGUUCGUAUCCGAAUACCAGUUAGCACGACUUAUUUAGCAUCCCUUGCUGCUGCCCCCCUUCUGCUGCUCCCGUGGUGUUACUCCCUACUUUCGAUCUGCUGCUCCAUUAGUCCAUUACUGCUGCCCCCCUCUUUCUGCUGCCUCCCCUGCAUUCUGCAACUCAAACAAUGCAAUGUAAGGUACUUGGUAUAUUAUUAUUACGUGUGUAUAUAUAGUUAUAAUAUUGUCUAUUUUAUAUACAUUAUAUAUAAUUAGAUAAAGCAACAAACAUUUCCAUAAAAUACUAGUUCAUAGCGUUUAAAUUUUGAUAUUUUAUUGUGUUCAUAACCCCUUAAAGCUACUGAUCAGUCGCACUUGUUCUCGGAGGAUCAGUUUGCUCGAUUAACUUCAGAAGGCUCGUUCUCCUUCGUUAAGAGGUCUUUUUAGCUAAGAGUUGAUGGCGUACUUAUGAGACUUCGGGACACUCUUCGGCAUUGUGUUUUUUGGAGAAAACUCAUAACAUGUGGUCCUUUGAGAAAGCUGCGUGCCGGAGAGAGUGUUCAUUCUGUGCCUUGGCUGUAAAAGGGUAUCCAUUAAUGUUGCAUUGCUUCAUAUAAUGAUCCAAGAAUAUGGUCUAAAAAGGCUUUAGAUGUAUGCAAUAUGUUACAUUAGCUUAAACAUUUUUAUUUGAUAAUUGGACACGUUUUGUUCGAGGAUCAUAUUUGGUGCUUUAUUUUGUUGAUGUAUGUAUGUACGAUUCAAUCUUUAUUUUGUUGAAUUGUAGCAGGUUAUAACCCAUUUGCCGAUGGGUCGUUUGGUAGGA